UGCAGAUGUGCUCGCUGCAGCUGAAUAGAGAGUAUCCGGUGUGAGAGGAGAGCUCCAGCCUCUACAGUAAAUCGUGUCUCUUUAACUGAGGUAUUCUCAGGACGGGUGGUGGUGAUGGUGGUGAGAGGAGGGGGUGGGGGUGGGGGGGUUCAUCGGGUUCAUGUAGUAUUGGACGCCUCCUCCCAUUUCAGGUUGGCUGCUUCACUGGCUCCCUCGGUGAAAAAAGGGUAGCUGUAAGGCAAAUAGGUGAUGGAAAUGGCAUGGAAGUUUGCAGUAGAAAUGGCUAAAUAGUCGAGCCUGACCUUUAUUUGGGACUCAAAAACUCGAUCAGCUGAUGACUCCAAACUAGCUGCCAUUUUCAGGUCAUUCGAGGCAUUUCGCUAACUUGUUUCAAGCUCCAGCCAGUUGUAUAAGCUUGCUUAAUUCGUCUACUAAUCGCCCACUGGGAUGGGGAAAUCGCUUUGUCCUGUGCUGGCAAGUGGUGGAAUAUAAAUCAUGAUGGCUGAUGGAUGUUGCAGAGGGAUGGAAAGAGGCAAGGGUAAGAUUGCAUCAGAUUCUUUAUCGAGACCCACAUUUUCUCAGCAGUUUGUCCAGACCGGAUCACAGCAGCUUGGCAAUGACAUCCAGGAGUUAGCCUCCAAACGCGUCGACAUCCAGAAGAAACGCUUCUAUCUGGAUGUGAAGCAGAGUGUACGUGGACGCUUCCUCAAAAUAGCCGAGGUGUGGAUUGGAAGAGGCCGUCAUGAUAACAUCAGGAAGAGCAAACUGACGCUGUCCAUGUCGAUGGCUCCCGCUCUACGCUACUGCCUGGGAGACUUCAUAGAUUAUUACGCCCGGAUCGGGCUGCGGGGAAGCCUCGCGCCUCCGCAGCUGGAGGAGCACAGCAACAAUGGUCAGGGCCGCGCGCACGAUUUCCGCAGGAGAGCGCAAGAGCACCACACGGUGCUGUCUCCCACCGGCUCUGCGCUGUCUGACGACCAUGCACACCGCGUUCUUAAGAGCGAAUUCAUCGAGAGAGAUAACAGAAAGUACUUUCUGGACCUGAAGGAGAACCAGAGAGGUAGGUUCCUGCGCAUACGACAGACUGUCAGCAAAGGACACGGCACGAUGGGCUACUACGGGCAGGGCAUCGAGCAGACCAUAGUGCUGCCCGCUCAGGGGCUCAUCGAAUUCAGAGACGCGUUGUCACAGCUGAUUGAAGAUUACGGCGACGAAGACAGCGAUGACCGCGGCCGUGUUGGAUCCAGAAACCACGACGACAACCCCGAGCUUCCAGAGGCUGCGUCCUUUCGGGUGGACAACAAGAGGUUUUACUUUGACGUCGGUUCUAACCGGUAUGGUGUAUUUUUAAAAAUUAGUGAAGUGCGACAGCCGUACAGAAAUACCAUUACAGUUCCCUUAAAAGCCUGGGCUAGAUUUGGUGAGAAUUUCAUCAGAUAUGAAGAGGAGAUGCGGCGGAUUUUCUCCUGUCACAAAGAGAAGAGGACAGACGCGCGGCAGGACAGUGAGGAGCAGGAGGACUGAUCUGGGCAGUAGGCUGUGUCUGUGCUUUUGCAUGUAUUCUAGGGAUUCUGUUAGUGAAGAAAAUAUCCAGACCUGGCAGUAAGCCCAAAAUACAUGAUGUACUGUACGUAUCCCUACAAUACUACACUAGAUGCAGCGUCCCUCGUUCACUUUUUGGCUCAUCUACCAAGGGCUGGUAAACAAAAAUGUAACCUGCCAAGAAAUCAUUCAUUCAUAGCCUAAUGCCUACAUCCAGUCACUUUCCAAACAUUUCAUUUCUCAGUGCAAUGUAAUGCCCUUUAGCCAGUUUGCCAGGGCCAGCCCAAGCCGAUGUGGGGCCCUGAGCAGAAUUUUAAAAUCCCCCCCCCCCCCCACCCCUCCCCAUUUAAAUUUGAGCUGCACUGUAAAUUUGUAAGUGACAUAGAAAGGUGAUUUUAUGAAUGUGGUGUAAGCCACUUUAAUGUUUUCCCACAAUGCAUAUUGGUUAACAGUUUUACAGUGCACAAUGGUGCAGAAAAACUGUCAAUCAAAGCUAAGUAAAAAAUAAAUGUUCAUAUAUUAGAUGAAUUGACUUAAUAUGCGUAGUAUAGUUUUCAUUAAAAGUGGAAAUUAGAAAUUGCACAGACAGAAUUAUAUAUGAUUUUAAUUAGUACAUUUAUUUGUAAAACUUUGAAAUAAAAAAUAAACAGAUGUGGAAUUCCACAUUUGGAAUUUGCUUGUUUGGUGGGGCCCCCGGUGGCCAUUCGGCCCCAAAUAAAAAUGUACCUUAAGUACAACACACACUGGCUGUGUUGUUCUGCCAUAGUGCCAUCGUCAGCGUGAAAGCAAACAAACUUACAUCAGUUAGCAAAGUUUGCAAAUAAGAAAAAAUGAUUCAGAAGAUUCACUAGCUAGUGCAAUUCAUCACCUUUAUAAUUCUAUCCAACACUAGUACUUCACCUUUCAUUGAGGUCAGUCACACUUAAGUACUGAUAUCAGAUUUGUUACCUACACGGUCGCCCAUAAAGUUAGAAUCAUUUAGUUUUUCAGACACAUUCCUCUUUUUAUGUUCUAUUUAUACCCAUCAGUAAUCACCUUUGACCAGGUGCAAUGAGAUUGAUCAAUACAAUGUUGAGAAUAUUUACACUUUAUCUAUCAAGAAUAAAUCACAUCGUCUCAUUUCAUGAGAAGAAGUAAAAAAUAUAUUAUUCCAACUUUAUGGGCAACAGUGUACCUUGAAGCCUCAACCACACAAUUUUUAAAAAAUGGCGUUGUGGUAUUUCCCACUUGAAAAGAUCACUGUAUGAAUAAAUAAUUGAGAAGAUUCAAUUCAGUUAAAUUCAGUUUUAUUUUUUAUAGCCCCAAAUCACAACAGAAGUUAUCUCAAGGCACAGGUCUAGAAGAUGUAUUCUCCCCAUCCCAAUACCCAUUUAAAGAGGAAACAGACACUCACUGCAGUCUGAAAAGACAUUCAUAGAUCUCAUUAUUUGUGUAUGUGCUACAGUCACAUUGUUUAUACUUUAUGACAUAGCCUACCAGCUCACAUUUAAAAUGCUUUAUUUGCUAAGUUCUGCUGAGCACAGAGGAGAUGAUCUACACUGGCCACGCAACAGCAUCCUCAGUCCUCCCUCAGUGCCUGCACUGCAGUGCUCACAGUGCUAUACACUAUCAUGAGAGAAAAAAGACCCUGAGCGUAAAAAGAUGCUCUGGGUCACUCAGCUAGACUGUUAAAAAUGGAAGUGUGAAUUUUUUGCAGAUGAAUUCCAGACAGACAGUUGAAACAUGGAGCUGAAAUACUUCCAUCUUAGACAAGGUGUUAAGCCAGGAGCUAACUGGUUAACUGGUCUGCACUGAAACACAGCAUUAUAUUUCCAUUUGCUCCCCAUUCUUUGACAGUUAGGGAAAAGAAUCACUCAACUAUGUAAGAGACUUACGGUACCAAAACAUUUGGCUUGUAACAACAAUGUGUAUUUACACCCCCUCAUCACAGGUUGAACCUAUAUAUGAGUUGUGACCAGUUUGCCAAAGAGGAAUUCAUUCAUUCUCAGAUUUAUUUUCAUUACAAAGCUCAAAUUAGGGCCAAGUCUAAAAUAACAUUUGUUACAGAACUAUAUUUUCUUUGCUUCCCUAUCAUGUUAAUCAUCUUAUGAUUCAUCAUGUGACCCCUUAAGGGUUCUAACCCCCCAGGAGGGAAACUGAUAUAGGAAGGCAAAUGAUUAGAAUAAUUAAACAUCACAAAAUGUAAGAUUUUAUGCCAUUGUAUUUAUUUUGUGUUGUAAUGUUUAAAUCAAAACUAAAAUCAGGCCAACAAUUGGGCUUACAGACUUAGAAGCACUUAGAAGGUGAACAUAUUGAUGCCUUUAAAAAAACUUGUGGAUACUUGAAACUUUAAGAAUAAUAUUUUAUAUUACUUGAUGACACACCCCUUUUAAACUCAGACCUUUACAAACUGAUCAUGUCUGAAUGAGAAAAUCAAGAUGAGUUAUUACCUCAUGUCAUAUGUUAGACCAGUAUCUCCACAAAUGGCUUAAUGUGUAGGACAUUUUUUAAAUUUGAUUUUGAAUUGCUUUUAAAAUGAACAACACAUGGUGCUAUAGAAAUGUGGUCACACGUCAUCUGUUUGUCAUAUGAAGUUGUUGUAAGCAUGUAGGGCAGCUCAGAUCUACAGCAUGACCCAGAUAAGUGAAGGCAGAAACAGGAAUUGUUGUCUUGAUGUCAGUGAACACCUCAGUGCUCAUUGGUAUGAUAGCUGGAUAAAUGAGUGGUAAUAUAGAAAGGGCUCAGCAUCCUGCUCAAACAGGGCUUUAAACCUUCUUUGUACCAAUGUGCUUGUUUCUGCAGAACCGUGUAUUCUACUUAUCCAUACUGUCUACUGAUAAGGAUGUGAUGAUGUUGUCUCAAAGUGUCUGUCUUGCUUGUGUGUGUUUUUUUUGGCUUUUGAUCCUUAAAAAUCCACAAAGUACUGCUUUUCCAUUAGAGCUUAAAUGGCAGUUUGGUGGCAGUUUGAUGUAUUUGACCGGCAUGAAAGAAGAGUCAUCACUAAUGACAAAGGGCCUGAUCCAAACUUUGACUUAAUCGUCCUACAACAGUGUUUAGUCAGUUAUUGUGCUUUACUGUCUUUAGACCUAUCAAUAGAACAAACAGGAAGGAAAUAGCACUUUCACAGACUGCAUCAAUACCAGAGCGUCUGUCAUUAUUUGCGACCAUUAUGCCCAGCUGUGGAUAUUUAUAGUGUCCAUCACUAUUAAACUCAUUCAUCAUUAUUAAAUGUCAGAUCUGUAAUCAGUCAUUUGCUUAAGAAUCAUUAAGUGAGAGAGCAGCUGAUGGCCGGAUGUAGGAAGUCAGAUUGCCCAGCAGAUGUUCCUCUAUGAGGCAGUAAGGUGAACUGUGGCCAAUCUGCAGAUAAGCUGAAGUCGAGAGGUGUCUGAGAUAAUAUCACAGUCUACAAUGUUCUGGUGCCUGAUCCAUUUUUUAAAAGUCACAAAAAAAGAUCUAUAUUUUUGCCGGACACUAGCUGUAAAGACAUUUCUUAUAGACAUUUUGUGGCCUUGAGAAACAUUAGUUUCUUAUAGGCUGGCUGGUGUCCAUUAAAAGUCUGUACUGAGAUCAUUUAAACACACCUCCAGUCAAAAGUUUCAAUAUGCGAGUAUAUUAAACUGCAGAUAGCCAUAGUGACAAACACUGAUGUAUCAAAUGACAUUAGGUGUUGAUGGUAAGAGUAAUACCACCAUGGCCUAGAUUGAUUACAAAUAAACUUUCAGUGAUAAAAAGAUUGAAAUAAGCUUAUCAGAGGUAUCUGAUUGAGAAGAUACAUCCAGCUUUGUUCUUAAUGUUACAUCAUUUUUGUGGUCACAUUUUGACCCCUUGUGCUUACAGUAUUAGAUGACAUUAUACAGAUAGUAAGCUGCAGUACUGAGGUAUCAAUUAUUCUUAUUGUACUUGUUUGAAUUAAAACUCACAUUGUUUAAAGACAGUAUAAAACUGAAUAAACUAAGCUUCAAAUUUGUGAGCAAAGGAGGAUAACCUCAUAAUGUAAUAAUCCAGUCAAAGGUUUGGAUAGGUUUGUCCUAACAGUGCAGUGUUGGUACUACACUGUAUGUCUGCUCCAUGUCUGAACAGAAGCAACUCAAAUGUGGACAUUUCAAACCACAGUCAGUAGUGUUUGAGUCGGGCUCUGUGUUUUAGUGUAACUCUGCUGUGUACUCCUUCUCAGCUGUCUGCUGUAAUCUCAGUUUAGUGAAGCUAAGAUGUAAUUAAACCAAUAGUCUUGGUGGAGGAGAAAAGAAUGCAGUUAAGAAAAUGAAGUGUUAAAAGAUGUGUUACUGGUGACAGUUGGGUGUAUGAAAAGCACAGGAUUAGUUGGGUUUGGUGCAUUUGUUGCAUUGUCUUGUGUAGGAAGUGAAUUAUGUGAGUUGUGAGUUUUUAUUUUCAUACAAAUGGUUUAAAAGUUAUAUAAAGCAGUGUAGAAAGUAUAAUUCAAAGCACAAUUUAUUUUAAAAAAUGUGGAAUUAGAAUAUAUACUGUAUACUGUAGUCCAUUCUCUACAUCCAUUUGAUUCAGCAUCGAUGGCCAGUGAAUUUUGCUCAAGAAGCAACUUUUCUCAAAUUAGAUCUUUCCUCAGCCAACAUAUAAAGAUGAAGACUUCAUUUUUGUUCUCCUAGAAAUUAAAUGUGAAUUCUUUAAAAGAUGUAAUGAAUUCUAAAUAUCACUCCAAAAAGCACUUUAAUAAAAGCUGCACUUUUGUUCUGCUGCUUUGUAAUCAGUUGACGUAUUGGGACCAUUUCCAUUCAUGCCUUUGGUUUAAAGUGACAAUCAUAGAUCCCUGCUUAUUAGAAUCUGAUGAGCUGCAGUUGAACACAACUCCCAUCAUGAUCUGUCAGUUCUUGACAGUCUGGGCAUCAUCUUGUGUAUAUUAAUGCAAAAGUUGUAUUAAUGAAUCAUUGUCAGAUGUACUGUGACGUCUCACAGAAUUUUUUGAAAUGAGCACAAAAUCUGAAGUGCAGGUUUCAUCCUGUGAACAUGAUGAACUGGAUUAUUUGGCAAUGGAACAAACUAAGGUGGUCAUGUUCUAUUUCACUGUGUCAAUUUGAUCAAAUUCAAAAUUCGCUGUUUACAAAAUAGAACAUACUUUGUGACAUUU